CUUGCGCUCGCAUUUCUUUAACUGGAGCGGCCGCGGGAGCGAAGACACUUCACACAAGACCCUUUUGGGGGGAAAAUAUCGUGUAGAAUAUUAAAACUAGUAAAUUAUUUUGACGAGUUUAUGAAGAUUUCGAAGUUGAUGACAUCACCAUGAAGUUGUCCGAUCAGGUAAUGAGAAGCUAUCGCGUAGCGAAGCUUUUUAAGGACCAAAACACAGAACGGAUCAACAGCGUAGACUUCUCACACAACGGGGAAACGCUGAUAUCAAGCAGUGAAGACGAUUCCAUCGUAAUUUAUGAUUGUCUGGAGGGAAAACCAAAGAGGACUUUGUAUAGUAAGAAGUAUGGUGUUGACCUCAUCCGUUUUACACAUGCUCAGAACACAGUCAUCUACACAUCUAAUAAGGUCGAUGACACCAUCCGUUACUUGUCUCUUCACGAUAACAAAUAUUUGAGAUACUUUCCGGGGCAUACAAAGAAGGUGGUGAGUUUGAGCAUGUCACCCAUCGAUGAUAGUUUUCUUUCUGGGUCAUUGGAUAAGACAAUCAGAUUAUGGGAUCUACGGUCCCCUAGCUGUCAGGGUUUGAUGCAUCUACAAGGCAGACCAGUAGCAUCAUUUGAUCCUGAAGGUCUCAUCUUCGCUUGUGGAAUCAACUCAGAGAUGAUUAAACUCUACGACUUGAGAUCAUUUGACAAGGGUCCUUUUACAACAUUCAAGCUGCUUCAAGAUAGAGAUUGUGACUGGACAUCUCUCAAGUUUAGUGCUGAUGGAAGGAAGAUUCUCAUAACAACCAAUGGACCUGUUAUUAGACUCAUAGAUGCGUUUACAGGGCAGGCUCAACAGACUUUCAUGGGUCAUCUAAAUGGCAAAGGAGCAAGGUUGGAAGCAUCCUUCAGUCCAGAUGCACAGUAUGUUUUAUCAGGAUCUCAGAAUGGUAUCAUACAUGUAUGGAACACAGAGAAUGGGCAGAAGGUAGCCACACUGGAAUCCAAACAUGAAGAUAAUCCUAUCUACUGUCUGCAGUUCAACCCUAAAUUCCUCAUGCUUGCCAGCUCAUCACAACAUAUGGCCUUCUGGUUACCAAACAUUGAUGAAUGACACAUGACAGAAUAAUGGAUGAAGAAGGACCAAAAUUAAAGACAUUCAACACUUCUGUACAUAGGACAAUCAAGUGUUCUUUGAAAUCUGUAAAUAGUAUCACCUUGAUGUGGUUCCUGAACAAGAGACUCAUUGAAAUUUGAGAACAGGAAAAAACCCACAAACUGUGAAAGCUGCUGGUGGCUGUCUAAACACAACUAGAUAGUGAUUGUUACUUUUUUAGCAGUCUGGACGCAUUACGGUGAUCAUUGUUACUUCAUAUAGCUGUCUGAACAUUAUGAGCUGACCAUCAUUACUGUGGAUUGCUGUCUAAAGACAUCGAGCUGAGCUUUGUUACAUUUUAUAACAGUCUAAAUAGAAUGAACUGAUUAUUGUUUGGUAUAGCAGUCUGAUCACCAUUCCUCUGUAUUACUGUCUGAGUGUAAUAAACUGAUUGUAUACUGCAGAAGGCUGUCUAAACAUAAUGAGGUGAUCAUAAUUAUUUGAUAUCGCUGUCUAAGUGUCAUGAGCUGAUUAUUGAUACUGUGGAUGGCUGCCUAGAAACAUAGAACUGAACUUUGUUACUUUUUAUAGCAGUCUAAACAGAAUGAACUGAUUAUUGUUUGGUAUAGCAGUCUGAACAAAAUGAACUGAUCACCAUUCCUCUGUAUCACUGUCUGAGUGUAAUGAACUGAUCGUUAAUACUGUAGAUGGCUUUCUAAACACAUCGAGCUAAUCAUUGUUCCUUUUUGCAUACACAUGUAUAUACAGUUAACUAAAUUAUUUAUACCCUUACCAAGUUUUGUAUGUUUUAAGUACAUGUACAUGUACGUUAAAAAUGUAUUUGUCCCA